GGGAAAAAAAGGAGCGAAAAUGAGAACUGGGCUUCAAAAGCAAUUUAUUAUUCACCUUUUCCCUUUUUUUUUUCUCUCUCUCUCUCUCUUUCCCUUCUCUCUUUUUCCCAUCAAGACAAUUGUUACUGAUUACAGCACUCUUUCUCUUAUUUUUCUGUAGAAGAAUUGGAUAAGAACCUUUUGACAACAGCCCUUUUAAACAAAAAAAAGAAGUCGUUUCAACAUCAUCCCGGGAUAGAAACAGUACAAGCAAUCAGAAAUAAAAGGCGGGCAAAUGGCAGGACCUGGCAAUGAUCAUAAAAAAAUGACGAGAGAAGCCAGUUUCGCGUACCAAGUACAAAAUUUUGAUUUUUGUGGCGAGUCAAUUGAUACGUCGCUAAGAAAAUUACUUGCCAAGGUCUUAUUACCUAAAGAGGCUCAACAGAUUGAUCGUGCAAUGGAGGACUUUGCCAAACGUUACUACGAGUGUAACCCGGGUUUAGUCGAUAAUCCAGAUGUGGUUUAUGCGGUUUCAUUCUCCAUCUUAUUACUUCAUACCGACGCUCACAAUAAAAACGUGCGUCAGAAAAUGAACAAGGACACGUUUAUUAUGCGGACAAAAAUAAUUGAAGGCGGAGAAGGUGUUGCGCAAGAAAUACUCGAUGUCAUGUAUGACAACAUUGUUAUGUCAGAAUUCACGUAUGCAGAUGGACACAAAGAAUCGAUAGGAAGAACAGAACGAUCCAACGGUUGGUUCUCCAAGCUGAAAAACAACGACUCCAAUAUCACCACACAGUCUGCGGCUUUGUUAGCAGAUCUUGGCCAGAAGCUAGAACAAUUGAUGCCAGCCGAAAAUAGCUUUAGUUACAAACGGACUUUGAAGCCGAUUCCGAUCAUGGACGUUCAUUUCUCGUUAUUGAAGGCUAAAUCGUUGUGUUUGGCCGGUGUUCGAAGUCGAUAUGGAAAUGAUGCCAAUCACAACAAUACGUUUACGAUACGAGUGACCAAGGCUGGCAUUUUGGACCGCAAGUAUGAUUUAAUUCAAGGUGGAAAAAAAGCCACAGCGCGUGGUUGGAGACCCUUUGGCAUCAUUCUGAGCGGCAGUCAAAUCAUCUUUUUCGCUGAUCUCUCUUCAUACCAAACAUGGCUGGAUAAGGAAGAAAAUCCAUCUGCUUUAGGAUCCAAAAGAAACAAUAGUUUUCCUGCUUUCUCUUCCAUAGUGGAUUCCUCCUCCAACUUGAGUGUCAAUAACACCACGGUCAAUUCACUCUCGUCUCUAUAUACACAACAACAGCAACAAAAUACGCCUAUACCCCACAACUCUAGUUCUUCAACAACAUCAUCAUCAUCAUCCAAUUCCUACCUACGACCGGUUCAGAUUGUAUCUCUGUCUUAUGCUAUUUGUAUCUGCGAUGAAGAAUAUACAAAAUACCCACAUGUCUUUCGCUUGAUCACAGGGGAUGGACAACAAUUCUUAUUGCGUGCUGACAACGAUAAAGAGAUGGAAGACUGGAUGUUAAAGAUCAACUAUGCGGCCACUCUAAAGACCACGGGUGUGCGUAUGCGACCUACACGUAGAGACGGCGACAAAUUAAAACGAGAGGAUAAGGCCAAAGAGAAAGUAUCCGAAUUAUCAGAUCGUAUUGAUGAACAAGUCAAAUUACUCGACCGUGAAUUACAGUUACGACGUAAUCUAAUGGUGCUUUCACCCUAUCAAAAAUCAACUAAGGAUCGUAUCUUGUUGUUUGCAGAGACACUAGGAAAGAGGAUAAAGACAAAACGGAUCGAAUUACAACGUUUGAUUUGUUACAGAGAUUAUCUUGAAUCCGAAUUAUCCUUUAGCACUUGCCAACAGACCAGAAAAUUAUCUUUACCCACACAUUUAUAUCCUUUCCCGCCUAACACCACCACAACACCACCACCAAGGUCAAGCUUGGUAUUUACAGCAACAACAGAGAAUGAACCUAUAUCCAAUCAAAGUACAUCCACCUCGUCUUCCCACCAUAACAUGAUGGAAACCUCAUCCGCUAUCAGUCAAGACGAUGGAGAAGAAGUGGAUGCUAAUGAUGACGAUGAUGAUGAUGAUGACGACGACGAUGUAACACCUCAACUCCCAUCCUUUUCAUUCCCCAAAUCGUUUAUCGAAAGCCUGAGUUUUAUGGACGCAGGCAAUGUAAAGACUGCUUCUGAUAAAGCAGUAGAGAUGGAUCGCAUGAUGCGACGUAGAAGUCAGAGUAAUCCUGUCUUACCUCGACCUACCAUUGUGGUCGACAAGAAAUUAUUAUUAGAACCUCCCCAUCGUAGACAACGAAGUGGAUCUGAAGCCUCUUCUGUAAAAGAAGAUGAUGAUGACAUGAGUGUGAUUAUUGUGAAUGAUUCGGAAGAGUUACUAACGGAUCCCACUUGGCCUAUUACACCCACACAUUAAAAAUAAAAAAAUAAAAUAAAAAACCCACCCAAACAUGGCAUUUCUUGUUCCUAGGCAC